UAGAUUUUACCUUCCAAUUCCACACCGUACCAAACACGCCCCCUUAGUAGUAAGUUACAGCCCCAAACCAAAACAAACAACGUAACGUUGGCUUCUUCUUCUUUUCUUUCCCGAAGAGAAGAGAAGAGAAGGUGAAUGAAUUUGAAUUGGUUCUUCUUCAAGAACUACUUGGCUUCUUUCUGAUCGUUGAGUCCCUUGAGCUAAACUCAUCAAAAUCCAAGCUUCAGCUUCACCUUCAUUACUAUUAGCUCUUGCUCACUCUGACACCUACUCUACAGGCGCUUGAUGAGAACGUGAAGGUGAAGCUGUCUCAGUUUUGCCAUGUACAUCGACGGACUGGGCCAAUACUCGUGAGUUACAAUGUUUCGUAUACGAGUUCAAAGCAUUUCAUACCUGCUUGAGCUAGUAACCCAAAACUCUGUUCAAACGUUGACCGGUUGUGCUGCACUCAAGCAUUCUUAUGGUUGGUACUCAGCUGGGGCUUCUCUUACUGAGCUACCCCAAAAGCUUAAGAGGACCGAGAGAAAGCCACUAGUUAAAACUUUUAACGAACUCAAACGUGAGGCUAGAUUGAAGAGGAAAGAAAGAGAUAGUGUGAACGAGAUAAGCUUACAUCCUCCUGAUAAUGGGCUGCUGGUUAAGGGAUUAAUCCCAGUUGCUCACAAAGUUUUGGCUGCUAGAUCCGAACUAUUGUCUUGUGUUUCGAGGGUAGCCAAUAGCAUUGCUAUAUAUUCAUGCAGGUUGUGUGAAGAAGUUCAUGUUGGUCAUCCUCCCCAUAAAAUUAGAACAUGUGAUGUUCCUGGUAGCCUAACAAGCAAAGAGCAUACUUGGACAAGAGGGGGUGUAGAACAUGUUUUACCCGUCAUUGAAUCUUUUCAUUUGUAUGACCGAAUAGGAAGAGCCGUUUCACAUAAUGAGCGACUUGAAGUGGAUAGGAUCCCUGCAAUUGUUGAAUUGUGUGUUCAAGCUGGGGUGGACAUGCUUGAGCACCCUACAAGGCGAAGAACCUGCCCUGUUUACAGCGUCUCUGGUAGAAUUGUGGAUUUUGAGAAGAAGUUUCCCAAAGAAGAAUCCUUAGGCGAAGAUAUCCAUGCAUAUGGGUUCUGGGAAAGGAAGUCUUUAGCACAUCAUAACAAGUCAAUAGAGUUCAAUUUUGACGACCUACAUGCCAUUGCUGCUCGAGGCAUGGAGGCAUGGGAGGCAAUGCGAUACGAAGGAUCGAAACUCAUGGAGAAGUAUGUUGCCCACACUUGUGGGUAUUGUUCAGAGGUUCAAGUUGGUCCUAAAGGCCAUAGAGUAAGGAAUUGCCAAGCUUUCAAGCACCAAAUGAGGGACGGGCAACAUGCAUGGCAGGCGGCCACAAUUGACGACAUAGUUCCUCCAGUGUACGUAUGGCAUGUCAAAGACUUUAAAAGAGAAGAGCCACUAGAACAUAGCUUGAGUAGGUACUAUGGUAAAUUACCAGCAGUGGUCGAACUAUUUGCACGAGCCGGUGCACGUGUGGAUGAGAAGUAUACUUCUUUGAUGAGGGAAGAUGUUGCAGUGCCAGAAUUAGACGAAGUGAAGUUGGUUGUUUAAGCCUUUAGGAGGAGGCUGCCUUUGUUGGUGAGAUUAGACAUAUACCUUAAAAGACAGUAGUCCUUGGAACAUACUUAGGUACUAAAGUAAAUUUGCUGCGGUGGUGGAGUUAUUGGUAUGGAUGGAGCAAUGCUAGUUUGAUGGAGACAACACUUGAGAUUGACAACUGUUCCUCUAGUGGUACUUAUGGCAUGCUUGUUGUGAGGCCUUUUAUUACAAAGUAAUGCUACUUUGGUGCCCUGCAAUGCAAUCCAAUCCAAUCCAAUCCAUUUCAAAUUUGUUAUGCUCUAAAAUGUGUCAUAUGGAUCCACCCAACACUCCAAAGGCAUAAGCAAGUGCAAUAGGUUUACAAGAAUGA